AUGGCCAAUUUCCGUCGGUUCAGGCCAGAUGACCUGAACAAGCUUUCGAAGUGCAACCUCGAUCCUUUCACCGAGACGUACGAGCUCGGGUUCUACCUUCAAUACUAUGCCAAGUGGCCAUCAUUGUUCCAGGUCGCCGAGGAUGACGAAGGCAAUAUUAUUGGCUACAUUAUGGGCAAGCUAGAAUCUUCCCCGGACGUCUAUCAGUUCUCCGAGCACUACCUGCCCUGGCAUGCCCACAUCACCGCCGUCACGGUAGCGCCGCAGGCGCGCAGGCUUGGGAUUGGCAAGCUUCUCACACAGCAACUCGAGGCAGCGGCCGAUGCGAACAACGCCUGGUUCGUAGACCUCUUUGUCAGGAGCACCAACUACAAGGCCAUCACCUUCUACAAGAACAUGGGAUACAGCAUCUUUAGAGUAGUAAAGGACUACUAUGGCGACCACUCGAGCGAUCCAUCACAGUCGACCGAAGACGCCUACGAUAUGAGGAAGCCCAUGAAGCGAGAUGUGAAGCUAGAGCAUAUCCGAGAAGACGGCGAGAAGUAUGAGGUUGAUGCGCAUGACGUCUGGUGA